AAACACUACAUUUGGCUGUUUCAAUUGUCGAUCGAACUCUCAAAGUGCUGCAGUGCCCGCGCAUGUGUCUGCAGCUAGUUGGCAUUGCAGCUAUGGUGCUUGCUUCGAAAUUGCAAGAAACUGAACCGCUAAGUGCAGCCGAAGUUGCACAUACAAGCGGCUUCAUUUUUCUCCCCGAUCAGAUGAACUCGAAAAACAGCAAGAAAAGUGGAGGAACAUCCUUGUCAUUCUUAUUACAGAUAGUAAGCAUGGAACGGAUAGUAUUUGCAAAACUCGAUUAUCAAGUGGUUACCCCAACAUCGUGGUGGUUUGCCUACCGACUGUUAAAGAUUGCUAAUUCACCAGCGAAAGUCUACUACAUGGUGCGGUACUUGCUGGAGCUUGCUCUCCUUGAGCAUACCUUUGUACGCUUUCGGCCAAGUGUUACCGGAGCUGCAGCAUUUUUCCUGGCGAAUGUCAUAUUUGGCUUGGAUUACGGACUACUGAACAGUGAAACAGGUUACGUACCUCACUUUUAUGCGUUUCUGCUGUGCAGCGUCAUAAGUUUUCGCAUUGUCCUUUUAUUGAUAUUCGUACUGUUCUAG